AUGUCUUCGUGCUCCACUGCUCCCACACCGACUUACCACUUGACACCGACUUACUGCCCAGUGCAGAAGGCCAGAACGCGACACGUGUCUCAUUGGCCGCCUGCCAGGGCAAAGACACAAAUUUGUCUUUUGAAAGACGGGCGGCCUCUGUGCCAUUAUAGUUUUACGUACUACUGCGACACUUACUCCGCGACGUUCCCAUGGGAGACCGAUCUCGGAAAACAUUUUAAUGCAAGCGCCGGAUGCACCGCUUUUCCUGGCUCCUUCCUUCCGAGAGUGACGAGUUUCGCCCCUUCCAUCACAACGGCCGACUGGAACGCUAUCAAUGUUGCGGUAGGGAACCUGACCGCGUCACACGAGGAUCGCUGGAAAGGGAUAUGGCAUGCCCUCUUCCCAAAAUUUCCUGCCCCAACAUCGCCCUACGCCGAAACAGACUUUUCUUCUGCGGACCUCUUCCUUUUUCGCCAGCACUUGAUAUCUACCACUUCCCAAGAGCUGUGCGACCUUUUCGAACGGACAAGGGUCUCCGGCAAAAAGGUUGCCCCGGCUGCCAUCUCCAGAUUGCUGGAGAGCUUCUGCCAUAACUGGGCUCAACUCCCCGUUAUUCCAGGCGAUGUCGAUAUGGGCGUUUCUGCAAUCAUCGACCUUCGGAAUGCACCCCUAGCAACCUCAAACCAACCUGCCGAUUCGGAAUUGAGCGAAUUCGGCGAACAGAUCGCCGAGAAUACCACCAGGCCAAGCGCCAAUAGCGACGCUAUGUUUUUGAAUGUGGCCUCUGAGCCGACAGUCAAAAUGUUCGACUCGCCUUCGCCAGGAUCAGACAACGAGAUUGGCUCGCGCUUCUCUUCGGCCCUGUCAGCGACCGUGCGGGCUCUCACAGCGGCCUAUGAGAGAGAGUUGCAAACCGUCAGUCCUUCUGGCAUGACUGGUGCAGCUAUCGACCCUGCCAAAGCUCCCGAGUCCUCGCCACCGCAUAAUACACCAUCUGACUCCGCUGGUUCUCUCGCGUCUUCCGGGAUUCGUUCCCUAUCGACCGCGAUAACUUCUCAAGCGUCAUCCCAGGAAGGCAAUGUGCGACAAAAGCGAGGACGGGAGGAAGACGACGAGCCAGAGAAGUCACCACCCCCGAAACGAAAACGCAUAGAAAAGGGGGCAAAACGGCUUGCCUGUCCAUUCCAAAAACGAUAUCCCCUCAAGCACUUCUUCUGCGGCGGCGGGCGCACCGGGGGCGCCAGGGGGUUUGUCCACAUCAGCCACAUCAAGCACCAUAUCCAUCGCUGUCACAUACGUCCGCUUAUGUAUUGUCCCAACUGUAAAGUGGAGUUGGAAAAUUCAGAUGAUUUUGUAGAACACGUCACGGGGCAAUCCUGUGAGACGCAGCCCUUUCGGGACGAGACGGCACUGCUGCGGACUGACGCGCUCGCUGCCUCUCUGAGAGCAAGGGUAGACAAGACACAGAGCCUCUCUGGGCAAUGGUUCAGUGUCUGGAGGAUCCUAUUCCCAGGGGAGAGUGAGCCAACAAGCUGUUUUGUGGACGAGGUCCCCGAGCAUAUGCUCCGCUAUCAAGAGUUCGUCUCGAGACGUGGAGACGAAAUAAUCCGAGAUAUCAUCCACGCACAUGGCCUGCUGCCGGAUAGAAGAAGCGCCGCCGACGAGGAUCCAGAAUCCGCCCAGCGGAAUGAGGAAGGGCAGGUGGCAUUUGCACAGCGCGUCUUCGGUUUAGCCACCGAAGCUAUCUUCCAGAGCUUGGUGGCCGAUAUCCAUCAGGCACAUCAAGCCACGGCAUCUAGUGAACGGCCCCACCAAGGUAUUGAUACAGCCAGGAACAAGGGCAAGGCGCCCGAGAAUCGCAGAACUGCUUCCAGCAUCCCGGGUCAGACCAAUGAUGGAACGCCGGUGAUAACUCCCGCCCUGCCAGCAGCCUUCACGCCCUCCGCGGUACAGACGGUGCCCGGUGGUAUAUUCGUGGACCAGGGACCAAGUGACGUCGAAGUCAACAACCUCACGGCAUCCAAUCUCAUGCGUUCUUGGCGUGAUCGAAGUUUAUUCGACGUAAUACAGCCCGUGGCCACCACGGUGCCGGUGCUCCAUGGAUCAAGUCUAUCAAACCUUGAAAUGGAUUUGAACCAAGCGGGGGAUCCGGGCGGAGGGGAAGGCGUCGCCGAGGGCUCGGGUUCAUUCGGAGGUGGUGAUUCAAACUUUGCCGGCAAUCCCCUCGGUGAAGACUUCAUGCAAUUUCUCGAAGUGGACGGAGGUAAUUCAUUCAAUUCGUAG